UUAUUGUUCACUUUGGCUCAUAUGCUGGCUGUUUCAGUGAGAAGUCUCACUGCCUUCUGAACACCUGUUACCUGUAACCACCCGAUUGAGCACCUGAUAAAGGAAGGUGAUACACAGGAUGAACCUGUACAACAUCAUCAAUGUUGUCCUGCUAUUGCAACUGCAGGGUUUCCAUUCAGCCUGGCUUCAGACAACAACAGACACACCAGGACGUGCAAUUGAUCCACAUUGGCUUCGUCACCUCAAAAAGAUUGCACAAGCUCUGACCAGUGGCAGUGGCGAUGUGAAUGAAGAUGGUACUGCAGAAGCCUCCAUGGUCAAAUUUGAUGGUUCCAACAUCAUGCCAUCCACGUUGUCAGAAGCUACAACAGAGGAUCCGGAAUUACUAGAGAACCUUGAAUCUCAAGUAACCACUGUGGAACCAGAACUGCCAGUGAGCGUUGCUUUAAAUUCAAGCCAUGCUGAUAAUGAAGAGGACAGUGGAUUACAAACCACAACAAUCACACCAAACACAACCCAUCAAAUCACAGAAAACCCAAAUGCUUUCAAUUACACUUUCAAUGAAACUGAAUUCAACGAGACCAGCACAGUGCCAGACAUCAAUAGCACAGAGGCCAGUCCAAAUCCUAAUGGGGAGAAGGGAGUUUUCAAUGAUACAGUGGAUAACUCGAAUGUAACGACCACAGUGACAGAGUUCCCCUCAGACACCCCUAAGACAACAACUCCUGAAAUAAGUCCCAAAUUGACAAAUACCACAGCCCCCAGCACAACAGAUGACCUUACGAUGUCGACAGUGAUGGAAUCUGGUUCCACUUUAGCAAACAUCUCUGACAGAGCCUUGGAAUCAGGUACCACAAAGAACAAGAAUUCAGUGGCAUGGGGUGCCAUUCUUGGCACAGGGUUGGCAGUGUGCUUUGUGGCAAUGGUGGCCUAUGUCCUCCUGAGAAAGAGGGGUCGACGGGAUUUCACACACCGAAAGCUUGUUGAGGAAUUUCCAUCAGAUCCAGUUUUACGCCUGGACAACAAUGAGCCUUUGGACUUGAAAUAUGAUGGGUCAGCUUACUACAAUCCUGGACUUCAAAUGGACCACAUCCAAAUGACCAACUUUCCACAAGGACAUCAACAUUAAAAAUGACUUCAAAAAUAACCCUUAAAACUUAAAGAAGAUAUAAACACAAAACAGUUAUUGAGAUGUGGGCUUGGGCUAAAUAGUUAAGGGAUUUGAAGGAAAGUUAAAAAAAAAUAAUAAUACACAUUUUUAUUACCCAUGUGUAAGAUAUUCUUCAACAUAAUUCUCAGUGAUCUCAGUAAGAAGGUAAUGCAUGGAUCUGGAAUCUAACCAUUUCAGCACAGUCUAUUUAGAAGUAGCAGUAACCUAAAAUGAAGACUUGAUUAUGUAUUAUAUUUUCCAAAAGAAGCGAAACAUAUUGUAGACCUAAAUUCAAAGGUUAUUUAUGUACCUUAUUCUGAUCUGAAAUGUAGUCUCACUUCAACUCAAUAUUAACAUGAAUAAGGUACUAUCUUUUAUUUUAAUCAACCUAAAUGACAAAACAUGUUCCUGCCGGUCUGUUACACCCUCAUUUAAGGCGCUGGCAUAAGAGCAAUUGCCACUGCCAUUAUAAGCCAUUACCGGGGUUGCAGGACGUCAGCCUUUGGAACAAUCAAAAGAGCUUUAUCACCUAAGUACCACAAAUAAUUAUUCACUAGUAUAAACCUGCUGCUUGACUAGCUUAAGUGACUGAUGUAGAUUCUCAAGAUACUCAAAUACCUUUCUUUAUAUUUGACACAUUUAGUCAUUUAGCAGACACAUCCAGCAACUUACAAUUGUGGGUACAUACAUUUUUUAUAUAGUUUUUCAUAUUGACCCCUGUGGGAAUUGACCCCACAAUCCAUGCUCUUACAAAGUGAGCCUAUCUCUAUUUAUUUACUUCAUCAUAGGUUUAGAAGCUGCUUGCUGUUUAUCAGAGUAUUGUUGUAACUGCCUUCAGAGAAUGUGAAGCCUUCAGAAACUUCACAUGAGGAAAUUCCUGAAAAAAAGAACAAUUUAAAACUGUAUUCCUUGUUAAAGAAUGUGAUAUGAUCUCAGGUUUAUUUUUUAAGAUCAAGGCACCACAGUUUUUCACAAAACAAUGUGUAUCAUGUGGUACCAGAAAUGGUAAAAUUCACAAGUAACUAAAAGGACUCCUCUCUGAUUCGCUUUGCAAAAAAUAAUUACUAUUUAUGCUCCAUAACAUUAAUUGAAAAGGAAUAUCUUUAUAUUCAUUUUUUUUAUACUUUAGUUUUCCAGCACUCCAGGUAUUUGCAGCUAGAUUCCAUUUUAAAACUGAUCAGUUUGAGGCAAUUGUUAAUAGUCCAAAAACUCAACAUGGUUUGUCAGUCUUGUUCAAGGCCAAAGGUGUGCUACAGUUUCAUUGGCUAAGGGAAGGUGAGCCUAAAAUGGCAUCCAAUUUGAAAUGUGAUUUAUAUUGAACAAAAUCCAGAGGUAUAGGAAAUCAUAAUGCAUAAUUUUCAGAUAUUGUUAUGGUUUGCUUACAGUACUUAUAAUCCCUAGCAUUUUACACAGAUCUGUAUGGUAACAAAACUCAGCAUGUCUUGUUGUCAUAAUAUAAUGGGCUGGUUUCCUGGAGCCAGAUAAGCUUGCUCCUGGAAUGAAAAGCACUUUCAUUGGAGAUUCUCAGUUUAGCUUGUUUCCUUUUUGUCCAGAAAUAGGCUUUUUUCCGGUUCUGAAUUUUUUUAUAGGUGUACAUUAGAAAAGACAAAAAGGAUUGGAGAUAUUUAACUUAGUUUUCCAUUCAGUCAUUAAGAGCUUAGGUACAUACAGUAUUGGAAAGUAUUCAGACCCCUUCACUUUCUCCACAUUUUGUUGUGUUACAUACUUAACUUAUAAAAAAAAAUCGCCAUCAAUCUACAUAAGAUACCCUAGAGGAAAGAAAGAGGAAAAACUGUUUUAAAAUGUGUGCCAAUUUAAUGAUAAUAAAAGAUUGAAAUAUC